AUGGAUCAUUUCCUUCAUUUUCACCCGACGGAAGUCAAAUCGCUUAUGUGCGUUUACCGGGUCUUUACGUGGUUAACAGUGACGGGUCGGGUCAUCGAGAGAUUGCCCCCGGAUAUUACUGCAUUUUCAAUAGCGUGGAACCCCACGCACAAAGGUGUGGUCUACACAAGCAUCGGACCCACCUUUGCGAGUGAGGCGACAGACGUUGAUAUAUUCGCAGUAGAAGUUGAUAAAGAUGAACCGACUUUUACUAAACUCACAUUCGGUGGACAAAACAAUGCGUUUCCAUCCGUUUCACCCGAUGGAAAAUAUAUCGUUUUCAGAUCGGGUCGAUCGGGCCAUAAGAACUUGUACAUCAUGAACGCCCUUGAAGGUGAAAAAGGUGGUCUAACUCAAUUGACCAAUGGACCAUGGUCUGACACAAUGUGUAAUUGGUCCCCAGAUGGGGAUCACAUUGCAUUUGCGUCAGACCGUCAUAACCCUGGUUCAGGUAGUUUCGCGCUGUAUAUGAUCCACCCAAAUGGGACCGGGCUUCGACAACUGAUCCAUAGUGGUUCGUCUGGACGUACGAACCACCCGUGGUUCAGUCCAGAUGGAAAGUACAUUGUAUUCACUUCGGAUUAUGCGGCUGUUUCAGCAGAACCGAUAUCCAAUCCACAUCACUAUCAACCGUAUGGAGACAUAUUUACUAUGAAAUUGGAUGGUUCAGAGUUGACCAGAUUGACACAUAACUCGUAUGAAGAUGGGACGCCAUGUUGGGGUCCUAAGUUUAUGAAGCCGAAGGACGUUGAGUGGCCAAAAGGUGAGGAAAAAUGCUCCUUUGAGGAUUGCACGUGGCUGGCGAUAAGUAACUCACGUGAUCGUGAAAAGAUCCAAUGUGGUGGUUAA